AUGUUUUCCACUAAGCGUCUGUUCCAGCUUUCGCUGGCUGCUGGACUCGUAGCUUAUGUCAAUGGAGACAUCGUUGCCACGGGUACAAAUUUCACCUUGACUGGCGCUGAUGUGUCGUACCGCUUCCACGUCGACCCUCGAUCUGGUGAUCUCGUCUCAGACCACUUUGGUGGACCAGUAGAUGAUUUUACGGGUCCUGCUCAAAUAUCAAACAGUGGCUGGUCAACAGGUCUUGACAACAUCGGCACUCCUGGCUUGACCAACGUCCGUCGCGAGUUCCCAGAUGUCGGCCGUAGCGAUUUCCGUCUUCCUGCGAUUCAUAUCAGUCAUGCUGAUGGCGAUACUGUCUCUGCUUUCACAUAUCAGAGCCAUGAGAUUGUUCAAGGCAAGCCCGCACUCAUGGGACUUCCUGCAACAUAUGGCAAUGCUGGGGAUGUCACAACCUUGAUCGUCAAGCUCUACGACAACUACUCGGAUGUCUCUGCUGCUCUGUCAUACUCAGUCUUUCCUGAGUACAAUGCCAUUGCAAGAAGUUUCCAAAUUACGAACAAUGGUACUCAAAACAUCUCUAUCGAACGAGCAGCAAGUUUCAGUACAGAUCUGCCCAACCUCGACCUUAAGAUGCUCGAGUUGCAAGGCGAUUGGUCUCAUGAAGCCAACAGAGUCAUCAGAAACGUCGACUUUGGCGAGACUGGGUUCAGAAGUACUGAGGGAUACUCUUCUCACGUUCACAAUCCCUUCUUUGCACUCCACUCGCCGACUACAACCGAGACUACUGGAGAAGCUUGGGGCUUCAAUCUCGUCUACACUGGCAGUUUUGCAGCAACUGCUGAGCGAUUCUCUCAUGGUCUAGUUCGUGUCCUGCUCGGCUUGAACCCACUCCAUGCUAGUAUUCCUGUUGGACCUGGCGAGACAUUCCAAUCCCCUGAAGCUGUCGGCAUAUAUUCAUCUCAGGGUAUCGGAGGCAUGUCGAGAUCCUUCCACGACCUAUACCGUAACCAUCUCUCCAGAUCAAACCACACCUUUGAGACUAGACCAGCUCUUCUCAACUCGUGGGAGGGCCUUGGCGCUGACAUCAAUCAAACUUCGCUCGAGACUCUUGCUCAAGAGACUGCUGAGCUUGGUAUCAACUUGUUUGUCAUGGAUGAUGGUUGGUUCGGUACUGCACCAUAUGCGCGCACAAAUGACACUGCUGGACUUGGAGAUUGGACUCCCAACCCUGCUCGUUUCCCGGAUGGUCUUGGGCCGUAUGUUGAUGCUGUUGACAGCUAUGCAGUGGCAAACACAACCAAGGACCUCUCGUUUGGAAUCUGGGUCGAGCCAGAGAUGGUCAACCCCAACUCUACACUAUACCAUGAGCACCCUGAUUGGGUCAUGUAUGCCGGCAAUCAUGUACGCACACUUACUCGCAAUCAGUUGGUUCUCAACCUCGGACUGCCAGAAGUUCAAGAUUACCUCAUCAAUGCCAUCUCGAACAUCAUCAAGUCUGCCAACAUUUCAUAUAUCAAGUGGGACAACAACAGAGGCAUUCACGAGAUGUCGUCGCCAGCUGCAGACUAUGCAUACACCUUGGGCAUGUACCGCGUCAUGGACAAUUUAACAGGAUCUUACCCAUCGAUCCUUUGGGAAGGUUGUGCUUCUGGAGGUGGUCGCUUUGAUGCAGGCAUCUUGCACUACUAUCCUCAAUCAUGGACAUCUGACAAUACAGAUGCCUCAGACCGUCUGACUAUUCAAAUGGGCACUUCACUCGCAUAUCCUCCCUCUGCAAUGGCUUGCCACGUAUCCAAGGUCCCCAACGGCUUGACCAACCGCAACAUCUCAAUCGAAUACCGCGCACAUGUAGCACUAAUGUGUGGCUCCUUCGGCUUCGAACUCAACCCCGUCGACCUCAGCGAAGAAGAACGCGCAGCCAUCCCUUCCAUUCUAGCUACCCACGAAAAAAUCAACCCUAUCGUCAUCUCUGGCUCCUUCUACCGCAUUGCAUGGCCUGGAGACACGAAUUGGCCAGCCGUGCAAUUUGUCUCUGAAGAUGAGAAUACAGCAGUGGUGUUUGCAUUCCAGCAACAAGCUAUGAUCAAACCUGCGCCGCCGCCUUUGAGGAUGCAGGGUCUGAAUGCCACAGCGAGGUAUUCGAGCAAUCUGUAUAAUGGCACUUUGAGUGGGAAUACCUUGAUGAAUGGGGGAUUGAAUUUGGCGUGGCAGAUUGCUGAUUAUCAGAGUAUGUUGAUCUGGUUGUAUAGAGAAUAG